AUGAAGUUCUCACUUGUGCUCGCCCUCGCUGCGGCCGCCGCGGUUUUCGCGUCUCCCACUCCCAGCGCCACCCCGAACCGCAUCGUCUUCAUCCGGCACGCGGAGAAGGGGUGCGCCACACUCCCCGGCGACGAGACGUGUGGCGAGAUGCCCCGCCCGCCCGGCGGCGGCUGGCCGCCGCGCGGCCCUCCCGGGCCGCCGGGCACGCCGCGCAAGUUCCCCAACGGGCUGAGCGCCGACGGCAAACGGCGCGCCGAAUACCUGCGCACGUUCUUCGGGAACGCGUCCGAGUUCGACUUCGGGUACGUGUUCGCGGCGCCGCGCGAGCCCGAGCUCAAGCACGGCGAGCGGACGUACGCGACGGUCGCGCCGCUCGCGUCCGACCUCGGGGUGGACGUGGACAUCUCGUGCGCGACGGCGCCGGACGCGGGCGCGUGUCUCGCCGCCGCGGUGGCGCGGGUCGCGCCGUCCCGCGACGUCCUUGUCUGUUGGAAGCACCGCGAGCUGCACCUCAUCGCGGCGGCGAUGGGCGCGCGCAAUGCGCACACGCAUUAUCCCGACGAGCGGAACGACGUGGUCUGGAUCAUGGAGGGGGAUAUCACGGACAAGCGCAGCAUGCAUAUGCCGGGCCUCGAUGACGGGCGCGUAGACGAGGGCGACCCCGACCUCGUCGUCGAGCCCGUCGACAACGCCUGGCCGGGCUGGGUGUGCCGCCUCCUCGCGUACGUCCUGUAUUAGAUGGCAUGCAUUGUCAUAGUAUGUAGCUAGAUGAUGCCGGCAAGCCAGUGCGCGAAGCGCUCGCACUGCUCGUUCGGGUUCUCGUCGUAGGCGUGAUCGGCGCCCUCGACGACCUCGAGCUCGAACGGCCCCUCUGUCGCCCGCAGCAGCGCAACGCUCUCCUCGAGCGGCUGGACUUUGUCGUCGAUCGUGCCGUACGCGAGAUAGAUAGGGGGACGC